AUGCUGAGAGCCAGAAGAGAAGCUCGCGCUGCGGGCCAAGACCCUCGAGCCGCACUAGGCCGAUCGCGCCUGCGCGGCGGCUAUCAGGAAGACCCCUAUGCCCAACAGUAUAACCAGGACCCGUACGCUCAACAACAAUACGGUGGCCCCCAACAGGGCUAUGGUGGUCCUCAACAGGGCUACGGCGCUCCUCAACAGUACCAGCAGCAGCAGCAAUAUCCCCCGCAGCAACAAUAUAAUCAGCCUCCGCCGUACGGGGCCCCGCAACAGCAACAGCAGCAGCACUACCCUCCGCAGUACGGUGGGCAGCAGCAAUCGCGCCAGUAUGGUGCCCCGCCACAACAGUACGGAGCAUCACCGCAACAGCAGCCGUAUGGGGCACCGCCUCAGCAGUAUGGCGGAUCGCCGUACGGGGGCUCUCCAGCACCCUAUGAAGCUCCGCAGCAAGGCUACAACAUGCCGCCAACACCGCUGCCCCAGCUGCCACCAGAGCCGACCGGGCCACGGCCCUGCGUGAUUCCUCGUAAGUAG